AUGUCUCAAUUCAGCCAAUUUUCUGACGCUGGGCCUUCCUCUCUCUAUCAGAGUGAUCCUAUAGACCCCCUUACCGAUAUCGAAUUAGAUGAUAGCUCUUUCAUAGCAGGGAGCUCAUCUUAUCAACGAACUCAAUAUCCUACGCUAUCCUCUGAGUUUACACCUCCUCUUGCUCUUCCUUCUACCCUUGAGCGGUUUGGUUCUGAUCGGAAGAAGUCCUGGGUAAAAUAUACCGAAAUGAAUAAAAACGACUUUGUGAUCUGGUGGUUACAGACUGAGGCUGCGACAACGACAGGAUCACGUCAAAAGAAGAUGCGAUGGGAUACAAAGCACUCCGCUGAGAUCUGGCAGCAUUUUGACCAAGUGGCCAACUAUAUCACCGGCGAGGCAAUGGUUAUGUGCCGAAGAUGUGGAAAAACCAUUCCACACCCAGGGCGAACUGCGAACGGGACUAAUUCUAUGAAUCGCCACUUCAUGGCUGGAACAUGCAUUCAAGCUGCAAAUAAUACAGCAAGGCAGAAGACACUACACCAAUCAAUCGAAUAUAUGGCCGAAAACACAUCACGUUCGAAGCCAUCUUUCAGUGAGGAGCAAUGGAAACGAUGUCAGGUCAGAUUUAUCACUAAAUCAAACCUUCCUUUUCAAAUCCUUGCGCAUGAAGGCCUUGCAGACCUUAUAUCAAUGGCUCGGCUAGCCACGUCAAACCCUACACUCCUUACCCCUCGAACUGCUCGACGUCGUCUUCGAAAGAUCGUGCAAGAAGAUCAGCAUCGUAUCCUAUCAGACCUCCCACCAAAUGCGAAGCUUUCAAUUGCUCUUGAUUGUUGGACAUCUCCCUUUCAACAGGCCUUUAUGGCAAUUACUGGUUACUUCCUCGACCAAAACUGGAAGUACCGGGAGAUCCUUCUUGGCUUUGAACCCUUACAUGGAAAGCACUCCGGUGUUAAUCUAAGCCAGGUUCUAUUCGACUGUCUACAAGAGCAUCAGAUUAUAGAUCGGGUGCUUGCUGUUACGACUGAUAACGCAUCGAAUAACGACACUCUAGUUGGUAGCAUACAGACGUCAAUGCAAGCCCUAGAUCUUCCAAACCAUAUACCAAUUGUCCGAAUUCCUUGCUUAGCGCAUGUUAUCCAACUCAGCCUAAAGGAUCUCCUCACGAUGAUGAAGCUCAACCCAAAGAACGAUGGCAUAGAUCGGCAGUGGUCAGCUGAACAGGAUACGUCCCUGAAACACCUUCGAAAGCGAGGUAUUAUCUAUACUCUUGCAAAAGUCCGUGGCCUAGCUAUAGGUGUCAACGCUAGUUCUCAGCGCCGAGAAGCGUUUUUGAACCUUCAAAGUAAAGAACCAAAGCUUCUCCCUAUCCAGGAUGUCAAAACGCGGUGGAAUUCAACAUUCCUUAUGCUUCAGCGCGCUAAGCGGCUCUCAAAGGCGUAUGAUGAGUACUGCAGUGAGCAUAACUAUCCUCAGUUUAAACUAAACACGGAAGAGUGGCGGCAAGUUGACUACCUUCUUUGUAUCACUCAACCCUUUCAUCAGUGGACCACGGCUAUCUCUAAGAUCAAAGAUGUUACAAUCCAUCAGAUCUUUAGAAUCUACAACAAGCUGUUUGACCAUUUUGACUUUUCCAUCAGCCAACUGAAGCGGAAACGGGUUCCUUGGAAGGCAACUAUGCGUGGGGCGCUCGAAGCAGGCCGUCAAAAGCUCUCUGACUAUUAUAGCCAGACUGACGCUCAUGGUAAUCUCUAUGCAAUUGGCACUAUCCUUGCGCCGCGGUACAAGCUGCAAUUCUUCUCGAAGCGUGAAUGGUCCGAUAACAACUACCAAUGGCGCACAUUGAACAAGAAUCCCUGUGACUUCUGGCGGGAGCAUGAGCAUCAAUAUCCUACACUCGCAAGCAUGGCACGCGAUGUAUUUACUAUCCCUGCUAGCGGGGCUGGUGUGGAGCGUCUUUUUAACUCUGCUCGCGACGUGUGCCACUAUCGACGGGGUCGUCUUAGCGAGACCGCUAUACAAGACCUUAUGAUGUAUCGCUGUAUCUCCGAAUUUGAUCUUGAUACAACAGAUCUUACAGGUGAAUCCGAUAAGGAGGAAGAGCCUACCGCCGAAGAGAGACAGCAAGCAGCGCUACGAAGAGAGGCAAAACUAGGCCAGUUUACCCCGGUUCCAAUCAGUGACAAUGAAGAGGAUGAGGAUGAAGACGAAGAUGAAGACGAAGAUGAAGAUGAAGCUGAAGGUGAAGAUGAGAGUGAAGAUAAGAUAUAUAAGGUAAACUCCGUUCCUUUCGACGCCUAUAUACCAUCCGCUACAUCCCAACGUAGCCAGCGAGCUCUGGGAAGGAGACGAAAGAGUGUGGAUUCCUAUGGGGAAGAAGAUAAGACUGAACCUCAACUACCCCCUUUGCCACAGGAUAAGGAGGGCUAUAGUCAAAUGCGGACGUCUGGAAGGACAAGGAAACGUCCAAGAAAUUUAGAUGACUACGACGUAACAUACGAAUAA